GCUAAAACAUAAGGUGGGGUCAAGUUGCAACCGUUGAAUUUUCCCCACUUCAUCCCACUGCCUAAACAAAUUGAGACAGUUUAAAGUACCAAAAUAAGAAGUCUCUUAUUUUAAAUACUAUCAAAUAGUAUUUCAAAUUUGAAAAAAAGGUUUUGUGUACGAGAAGGUUAAAAACUCAACAUGCAAGUGAGAAAAUGUGUAAAAUUCAGAUUUGCGUGGGACCAAUUUUAUUUUGCUCACCAAAAAAAUAAACAUACCCGUAUUUUUGUGUUUUUCAUUAAGCGCUAAUUAGAGCGCGAAUUUUAAACUGUUUUUUAGCUAAAACCUCGAGUUUUACAAAUUCUGGAACGUUUUGAAUUUGAGCGGGAAUUAAAAAAAUCGAAAAUAUGUUUCUUCGAAAUAAUUUACUUGACUUAUAGAAAAUCCGCUUGCAAUUUUUUUGUGGAAAAUUUUAAAAUUUUAAGGAAUUUUUUUAUUUUUACAGAUCUCAAAAAAGGCGAAAGUUUCAAAUUCAAAUUUAGAGAUAUUUUGAUUUUGAACAAGUUAACUAACUUAGUUAAACUAAGCCGUUUUGGAGAAACAAGUUUUCGAAUUUUUUGAUUCCGGGUAAAAUCCAAAAAGUUACAGAAUUUUAAAAACCCGAGGUUUUGGUGCAUUAUGAAAAAUGCAAAAAUGCGGGUAUGCUUAUGUUUUGUGGUGAAGAAAAUAAAAUUGCCCUGUGAAAAUCUGAAUUUUACACCUAUAAGACUUGCAUUAUCAGUGGUAAAUUUUUUCAAAAAUUAAACAUAUUGGAAUUUGUUUUGUAUUUCGAUAUCCGCCUUAACUAUGUAUCUCCUCGACACAUCAGGAAAUUGUUUUUGAAAAACUAAUUGUAGUAUUUUGGGACGCAUCACUGUCUCCAUUUUUUUUGGCUAAUUGGGAGAUGGUUUCACAAGUAAGAAUUAUGUAUUUCUGCCAUUAUUUUCACUAAUUAAUUAAAAUAUAAAUAGAUUAUACACAUCAUACGGAUAUCGUUAAUCGUUAAUCGUACGGAAAUCGUUAUUGCGUGACGAAAAGUAAAUUUUACACGGAAAUUCCUUCGGUUUGUUGGGUGAGUCAUGUAUCGUGUGCAUUUUGGUAUAAGUGUUGACCCUUAAAUCGUUGGACAUGUCGGCAUGUUUCCUGACAGACAGACAGACAGACGGACGGACGGACGGACGGACAAGAGGAAUUCAAUAGCUCCUCUGCUACGCAGGUUUAGAACAAUUAUGGAACCAAACCUGCCCCACGAGUAUAUGAAGACAGACAUUUACCUGAUUCACUGGCUGAAAGUCCGAAACUUUGAGAUUCCCGCUGCGGUCCGCAUGUUGCGUGAGAAUCUCCGUUGGCGGGAAGAGAACGAAAUGGACACCUUACUGGAUGAAGACUGGACCGAAUUUAAUAAUCAGUAUCGUUUCAAUCUUGACGGUUGCGCUGAUAACGGGGAGCCAGUUGUGGUGCUUUUCGCGGGAAAAUGGGACAUGCGCAGGGCUGUCUUGGCCGGACAGUCGGACAAAAUGCGGCGCAACAUAGACAAGUGUUUCGAGGAAGCUAGCACCGUGUUGAGAAACGUUCAAGCGCGUGGGUCCAACGCGACGAGGACAAACCGACGAGGACAAAUCUGUCUCGUUUUAAGGUGACAAUUAAGAAACUCAAAUGGAGCUGAGCUGAACGCAACGAAGUGUUAUCUUCUCAUCUCAUUUAUGAAUUAAUAAAAUUGAUACUGAUUAUAUUUUCAGUUGUAGGGUUUUGUAUACCACAUAAAGCAAAUUUCAAAAAAAAUUAUAUGCGCGUACUGAAUAAAAUGGUUCUUUUUAAUUUUAUUCGUUCAGAUCUCAA